AUGUCUCCCUCACAACAAAACCCCGACAAGAAGAGAAAGAUUAUCAUCUUCUCUGACUUCGACGGCACAAUCUUCCUCCAAGACACCGGCCACGUCCUAGUCGACAACCUGGGCUGCGGCGCAGCCUACCGCGAAAAACUCGAAGAACAAUUCAAAAGCGGCUCGCGGACAUUCCGCGACAUCUCCGAAGACAUGUGGAGCUCCCUCACAAUCCCCUUCGGCGACGGCUUCGACAUAAUGGAAAAGACCCUCUCCCUAGACGCGGGCUUCCGCGAAUUCCACGCCUACUGCCAACGCAACAACUUCCCCUUCAACAUCAUCAGCGCCGGCCUCAAGCCCGUCCUCCAACGCACCCUGGACCUCUUCCUGGGUGCCGAAGAAGCAUCAACGAUCGAGAUCGUCGCCAACGACCUCAAAGCUCCCGGCGGCGUGCCCUGGAAGCCUAUUUGGCGCGACGGGUCGGAUGCGGGACACGACAAGGCGCUUAGCGUCAAUCUGGCUAGGGAGAAGGCUCAGUCUGAGUGUGAACCGGAUGAGAUGCCGUUGAUUGUUUUUAUUGGGGAUGGGGUUUCGGAUUUGGCGGCGGCCAGGGAGGCGGAUGUGCUUUUUGCGAGACGGGGAUUGAGACUUGAGGAGUAUUGUCUUGAGCAUGGGAUUAAGUAUACGCCGUUUGAUUCUUUUUCGGAUGUUAAGAGGGAGAUUGAGAAGAUUAGUGAGGAGGAUCAGAGGAAGACUGGUGGUGUUCCUACGCUUAUUGCUACUGCUACGCCUUCGAAUGAGGAGAAGAUGGCCCUCUGGCCGGAUUAUUUCUCUGAGCCGAGCCAGGUGCAGACUUCUACUAUAAAGGAGUAG